CGCUUGUUGGGACAUCCAUUUUCUGCUGGAAUAGGAUAGGGUGUGCCCUCGACGCGAGUUUGAUCAAAACUCAGUGUCGCUAUUUUAUAGUUCAGAUUGAGUUAUAUAUCGAGUUCCCGAACAAUUUUGUGUGCCUCUUGAUUAAUUCAGGGCAGGAAUGGCUGCCAUCCGAAAGAAACUUGUCAUCGUCGGCGAUGGUGCUUGUGGUAAAACUUGCCUGUUGAUCGUCUUCAGCAAGGAUCAGUUCCCUGAAGUGUAUGUCCCUACUGUGUUUGAAAACUAUGUUGCAGACAUUGAAGUUGAUGGCAAACAGGUGGAGUUAGCAUUAUGGGAUACGGCUGGCCAAGAAGAUUACGACAGAUUGCGCCCAUUGUCUUACCCUGAUACGGAUGUGAUCUUAAUGUGUUUCUCUGUCGAUUCACCCGAUUCGUUAGAGAACAUUCCUGAGAAAUGGACACCUGAAGUCAAGCACUUUUGUCCUAACGUCCCUAUCAUUCUUGUCGGGAAUAAAAAAGAUCUUCGAAAUGAUCCCGCCACUAUUAAAGAAUUAGCCAAAAUGAAGCAGGAGCCAGUCAAGCCAGAAGAAGGCCGAGCCAUGGCGGAAAAAAUAAGCGCAUUUGCCUACCUUGAAUGCUCGGCUAAAAGUAAGGAAGGUGUCCGUGAAGUCUUCGAAACCGCUACGCGAGCUGCCCUUCAGGUGAAGAAGAAGAAGAAGCCCAAGUGUACCAUUUUGUGAAAGGUUGGAAUCGGGAGAGGAUAUGAAAACAUUUGCAUUGGCCUUUUUUUCUUCUAUGUGAAACCACCAACCAUCGGACGACCUUUUUCAGACGAUUUAUUCCUUUUGUGUUCGUCUCUUCGAUUAUUACUACAGCAACAAAUUUUCUUCUCCCAAUUUCUCGUAUAUUUCUGGUAAAUACAGUUGUUUCAAAUCCCGAA